AUGGAGACUUUUCAUCCAGGUGUCAGUGUUCUUAAUACACCGUCCAAUGUACAGCCUGGAGUUGAUACUGGCAAAUGGAUUUCUGUUUAUCAUUGGCCAACGGCCGGAUAUACAGUUUCCCCAUUACAUGAUACUGAUAUGAAAUGGGCUCUUCAUACAGGUAUACCAAUAACAAUACCAUCAACUAUAUCAUCACCAAUAUCUACUUCAAUACCAACAGCUAUAUCUACAUCAUUACCAUCGACUAUAUCAACAGCAAUACCACCAGCUAUGUCUACAACUAUAUCCACACCUUUUGGGCCAGAUACAACAAUACCUUCAACUGAUGCACAUGAUACAUAUGCUUAUUCUGUAUGGACACCAUCAACAAAUCAUUCGACAGUGCCAUCAACUGUACAAACAACAUCAGCUGUACAGGCUGUACAAGCUAUGCAAGCCGUCCAAACAGUUUGUACAUAUUCACCAGCACUAACGCAGUCAACACUAACGCAACCAACAUUAACAACAUUAGCAUCAUUAACACCGUCUUCACUAACGACGCCUACACUUUCAUCUGAAUGGACAUCUUUUGGACGCAAAGAAAAACCAGCAAAUCAUGGUACAGUAAGUAGUGGACCAAUUCCUGCUAAUCCAUUACGUAUUUAUAAAGAUCCAAAUGGCGUCGAUUGGAUUAGUUUUGCAUACAGUCGAGAACGUAUUCGUACAGAAUAUACCAUCCGUGGUGAUGUUGAAACAGUUGAUCUUGAUACGCUUCCUGAAGAAUUUAAACAACAAAAUUGUGUAAGUAAAAUGCAAAAAAUAUUAAGGAGAAAUGGAAAUAUUAUUUACCCACGUGCGCGUGUACCACCAGAACAAUAUACAGGUACACGACAUCGCUAUGAGACAGAAUGUAAUUCAAUCGGAUGGGCACUUUCAAAAUUAAAUCCAUGCUUACGCAAUAAACGUGGGUUAAUUCAGCGUGCAGUUGAUUCAUGGCGCAAUAAAGAACCAAGUUUACGCAGUCGACGGAUUAGACGAAUGGUUGCACUUAAUGACUUACAUUGCACACAGGAAAAUAACAUAAUACAUGAAAAUGCAAAUACAUUAAGUGCAUUGGAUACAUCAGUUGUAUGUAUGUCAUCAAACACGUCACCAUUACCACCGCAGUUUCGGCAAGUUACUUCAUGUAAUGUGAUGACAAACACGUUACACGGACUACAUGAGAUUGGAAAAAAGACAGGGAAAUCAGAAAAUACAGAAGAAGCAGUAUUGAAAAGACCAAAAUAUAUUCUUUUAGACGACAAUAGAAAAGGAACACGUGUACGAGUACGUGUUAGUCUAGAUGAAGUAAGUUUAGAAGAAAUUCCAGACGCAUUUCGACGAGAUCAUUGUGUGUUUCCACGAAGGUUUGUAUCAAUACAUGCAUCAUACGGAGAAUCAGAAAUAGAAUAUGAACAAACAGAAGAAAUAAAAAAAGAACAAGCAAUAAAUGAAAUAGGAUGGAAACUUGCUUGGCUUAAUAUGCGGUUAUUUGCAAAUCGACCAAGUUUUUUACAGCGUGCAGUCGAUGCGUAUAGAAAUAAGAUUGAGCUAAUUACAUGUGAAGAAAAAUGGGGAACACGCAAAGGACGAAAAGCAUGGCUUAACAAAACAAAUUAA